ACAAGUACUAUAAACUACUUCAAACGGAUUCAACUUCUCGAAUAAUCUCUUCAUUUCUUUCUCAGAGUGUCCUUAAACACUCAGCUAUCAAAAAUAUGGCCACACAAACCACAUCCAAUACUGCUUCCUCAAGCUCUAGCGUUGGUAGCAUCAAGGACAAAACAUUCACCGGUGUUGGAAACCUGAUUAGGCUUCUUCCCACGGGGACUGUUUUCCUGUACCAAUUUCUGAACCCAAUUUUAACCAACAAUGGCAGCUGUAGCAAUACAAACAAGUAUGUCUCAAGCGUACUUUUCGCGCUUUGUGGGAUCUCUUGUUUAAUCUCAACAUUCACUGAUAGUUACAGAGAUGAUCAGGGAAAUAUUCAUUAUGGGAUUGCAACGUUUAAAGGGUUUUGGCCAACUUCAGGUGCAAGUUCAUCAGUGGACUUCAAAUCAUACAGGCUUCAAAUUGGAGAUUUUGUUCAUGCUACACUUUCCCUGAUCGUGUUUUCCGUUCUUUCCUUGUUGGAUAACAACACAGUUGAGUGCUUUUAUCCUUCUUUUGAGUCUACUCAAAAGGCUUUGUUAAAGGCCAUGCCUCCUGUCAUCGGCUCAGUUGCUGCUGCUGUUUUUGUUGCCUUCCCCAACAAGCGCCAUGGCAUAGGUUACCCUUCAGAUUCAAGUUCGAGUUCAACUUCAACCACUUCAAGUGGAGUCCAGCCAUCAAAUGCCGAGCAGAAGGCUUAAUUUCUUGGAUAUACACAGCUGCUAUAGUAACUGUUAUCAAUUUGCAUUUGCACAAGCGGUCUGAAUAUAGGAAACAUACAUAAAAUUUUAUCAGUAAAUUAUGUGAUGUGAAUCUUAAACCUUAUGUGUAAAUUGAUUAAUCUACCUUCAUUGUAAACCCCAUACCCAUAGGAGUUGAAGAAUGUAAUCAUGGUCCAAUUAUAACUUUCUUUGUUUGUUGAUUGUUUGGUUUGAGAAUUGAAAAGUCUAUUAGAAUUAUUA